UCUUCUUCCACCCACAGGCUCCGAAGAGAAGCAGCUCCUGAGCUGACCCAAGCCAUGGCCUCUCCUUCCACGAUCUCUCCCCCCCUCAUGAUCCUGCUCCUCCUCCUCAUCCCUUCCGUGGCUUUCGAGUUCGACGUCGGCGACGAGACCGGCUGGGUCGUUCCUCCCGAGAAGAAGGCGCAGCUCUACAACCAGUGGGCCUCCAGAAACAGGUUUCAGGUCGGCGACACCAUCCGUUUCGAGUACAAGAAGGAUUCGGUGAUGGUGGUGAGCGACGAAGACUACGAGAGCUGCCGCUCCUCCCACCCCAUCUUCUUCUCCAACAGCGGCGAGACGGAGUACAAGCUGAACCACCCGGGUUUGUUCUACUUCAUCAGCGGCGUCUCCGGCCACUGCGAGAGGGGGCAGAAGAUGAUCAUAAAGGUGAUGAGCCACCCGGAGCCGCCGCCAGGCAGCAACCAGACCGGUGAUUCCACCUCUCCGGCGUCUCCUGACCGCUCGACCGCCGCUGCAGCUCCUGCUGCAGCUUCUCUCGUCGGAGUGGCUGCAUUGGUGCUGAUGAUGAUGAGUUCAUUGUUCGAGUGAGCUUGCAAUGGUCUGUAGAUGGUAGUUGGAGUUUUUGGUGUUUCAGGUAUUCCACCUGCUUCGUGUCUUGGGUCAGUGUUUUGUGUGUCUCAGUUUCUGGUUUUUAGUUUGGUGGUGUCUGUGA